AUCUAUCUUUCGAGAGGUUUUGAGUUAAUUUCAAAAUGGGUUUGGAGAAAAAAUCUGCAUUGUUGGAAGAUUUGAUAAAGAAAUGCGGCGGUUGUGCGGUGGUCGACGGUGGUUUCGCUACCCAGCUUGAGAUUCACGGCGCCGCCAUUAAUGAUCCUUUGUGGAGUGCUGUUUCUCUCAUCAAAAAUCCUGAACUCAUCAAAAGGGUUCACAUGGAAUAUUUGGAAGCUGGUGCAGACAUUGUGGUUACUUCAUCUUAUCAGGCUACUAUCCCGGGUUUCCUUUCGAGAGGUUUAUCGAUAGAAGAGAGCGAGUCUUUGCUACAAAAGAGUGUACAAUUAGCUGUUGAAGCUCGUGAUAGAUUCUGGGACAAAGUGAGCAAGGUUUCAGGACAUAGCUAUAACAGAGCUCUUGUAGCUGCAUCUAUUGGAAGUUAUGGAGCUUAUCUUGCUGAUGGCUCUGAGUACAGUGGUAACUAUGGUGAGAAUGUAAGUUUGGAUAAACUAAAAGACUUUCAUAGGAGAAGACUUCAAGUCUUAGUGGAAGCUGGUCCUGAUCUUCUUGCUUUUGAAACCAUACCGAAUAGACUCGAGGCUCAGGCGUGCGUUGAGCUAUUGGAGGAAGAGAAAGUACAAAUCCCAGCAUGGAUCUGUUUCACAUCUGUAGAUGGUGAGAAAGCUCCAUCAGGAGAGAGCUUUGAGGAAUGCCUCGAACCUCUUAACAAAAGCAACAAUAUUUACGCGCUGACCAAGAAAGCAAUCGUUGUGUACCCGAAUAGCGGAGAGGUUUGGGAUGGAAAAGCGAAACAAUGGCUGCCAUCACAAUGCUUUGGUGAUGAUGAAUUUGAGAUGUUUGCAACGAAAUGGCGUGACCUUGGAGCUAAACUCAUAGGAGGAUGUUGCAGGACUACACCUUCUACCAUUAAAGCUAUCUCCAAAGAUUUGAAAAGAAGAUGAUUUUUCUUCUGGGAGAAGAAGAUUGAAGAUUCUUUCAACUUGUUAACUAGCUUGACCAUUGUUAGGGCUACAUUUAUCUGUGUUCUGUUGUUUUCUUCUUGUUCACGUUUCCUUUGUUGUCUAUGAUAUGUAUCCGUCAACUAGGCCUUGGGCUUUUUCAAUGUAAUGGCCCAUUAUCAAAAUCACCCGAUUUGAAUCUUUAAUACCCAGCAGAAUAAUUUCAUUAACAAUUU